AUGACAUAUGUACCUGCUGAUGUCUGGAAGCUGCUAGGAGAUCGAGGGUCCAUGUGGCUCGCAACUCUAUUUAACGAAAUCGUUGCAGAAGGACGGACUCCAGACGUUUGGCAAACUUCCGUGACCGUGCCCGUUUGGAAAGGGAAAGAAAACAUUGCUGAAUGCACCUCGUACAGGCCUAUACGACUGCUGUGCCAUACGAUGAAGGUUUUUGAGCGUGUGCUGGAAGCUCGUCUGAGGAAAAUUGUUAGUGUUUCACUCAACCAGUGCGGCUUUGUGAAGGACCGCAGCACUAUAGAUGCUAUCCAUGCUGUCCGAAUCCUCUUGGAGAAACAUCGAGAGAAGAACCGCAGUGUGCAUCUUGCUUUUCUCGAUCUCAAGAAAGCUUUCGACCGUGUCCCACAUGAGCUGUUAUGGAUGUCCACGAGGUCGCAUAGAGUACCAGAAGAAUAUGUGCGGUAG